AUGACAUCUCAAAAAUUAGAGACUAAAAAGGUUUCUAAAAAGUUUAGAAAUGCUCGUAAAUCUAAGAAAUCAAAGACUUCUAGUACACCUAGGAAACUGAAAGAUGAGGAGAUUGCUUUCCUUGAAAAUCUUCGUAAGCCAAAGGGUAGUGAAGCAAAGACUAAGGUUGGCCGAAUCACACUGAAUGAACUUUUCGGAACUGAAUUACCAAUGACAAACAAUGCAUCAUUAAAUGCAUUUGGAAACCCAUUUUAUCUGGACCCAAUACAAAUUCUUCAAAUGCAAAUUUUGUUAAAUCAAAAAUCACAGAUGCAUGGAUUUUGUUAUAAUACUGGAAUGUUUCUUCCUGAAAUGCCGCUACCAACGACACGUUUAACACCCGCUGGUGUUGGAAUGCUUGAUCCAGAAUAUGAUUCUAAGAAUUCAAAAAAUGUUUAUAAUCAAAAGAAUAAUUCCCUCGGUAAUUCUGGAUAUGAAGGCGAAAGUCAUAAUGAUAUUAUGAAUCGUUUUUUCCCUAAACUUAAUCAAGAACACUUUAAAUGCAGCGAUAUGAAAUUAGAUUGUUUCAGUCCUUAUCACAAUAAGAUGAGUCGCGGUUCGCAUGCUACACGUGGAAAUUACAAUCAUAAUAGUCACCAUCAGAAGAAUUCUCAGUUUAAGCAUGGACAACAAGCUAGCAACUCUAAUACGUUUGUUCGUAGCGCAGGAAAUAAAAAUGUACCGAAAAAGUCGUUCUUUGUCCCAUACAUCACCCAAGAUCAGGUUGCACGUGGUUUAAAGAAUAACCAGUUAGUGAGUGGAAUAAUAAGAGUUAAUCAAAAAAACUAUGAAGAGAGUUACAUAGAUAAUCCAGAAGGUGAUGAUCAAGUAGAUGUCUUGAUUCUUGGACUUCAUGAUCGAAAUCGCGCUCUUCAUGGAGAUAUUGUUGUUGUUAAAUAUAAAGAUAGAAUGAAUUGGGUAGUACGGGAAAAUCUAUAUCAAUCAUGGAGAGAAGGUAAACUUGGAAAUGUCCUUGAUGAUGAUGGACAACCGAUUUCAAUACCACCUGUUACGGAAAGUAAUCUUCCAAAGUCAGAGAUGGAUGAUUUACUUGACUUUAUGCCAACUGCUUUUAGAUCACGUAUUGAAAAGAUCGAGGAGGACAAGAUGAAUGUUGAUUUUUCAAAGGACAGUUAUUCUCGCGUCGAACUUUUGAAUAUUGCAGCAAAAAUGCAACUUGAAUUAAGAAGAAAAAGUAGUGAUGACAAAGUUUUAUGUCAUUUAUGUGGUGACGCAUGUAAUUCUGUUAGAAAAUUACAACUGAGCCGUGUUCAACAUAAUGAUGACGAAGAAUGUGAUUGUCCUGAUUCUCCAAAUCAAAGAAAGUUUACUGCCACUGGUUCCCGCCGUGUGGUCUUCAGAACUCUUAAUGAUAUGCCUGCAGAAGAUUGGGGAAUACCAGAUAUCUGUCUUCAGAAGACUGCUGAAGUUGUAUACAUAAAAGAAGAACGCCACACAAGAAUGGCUGUUGGACAGUUAAAACCACUUUCUGAUGGAAACAAAAAUUAUGCUUUGUUUUCACCUGCCGAUCCUCGUAUGCCAAGGAUGAUGAUACCAUCAGACCAAUUACCUGACAAAUUUUAUGAAGCUCCAGGUGAUUUUACAAAAUUUAUCUUUGUUGCUAAGUUAAUCGAAUGGAAUGAGAGAUCACAAUUUGCAAGAGGAAAAUUAUAUAGACCGAUCGGAUUGUCAACUGAAGUAGACUCACAAAUAAAGGGUAUAUUAAUGUCUAAUGGUGUUGAAUUCAAAGACUUUACACCAAAUUCCAUGUCCAGUCUAAAAUACUUAACUGCCGAUGAAUUUGUUAUAACACCAAAAGAUUUAGAGGUUCGUCGUGACUACCGUUCAGAGAUGACAAUAUCUAUUGACCCCAAAAAUUCAAGAGAUAUUGACGAUCUUAUUCAUAUAAAAAGUUUAGAAAAUAUCGAUGGAAAUGGAUCAAAAGGAUACGAGGUUGGUGUUCAUAUAGCUGACGUGACUCAUUUCUUGGAAUCAAAGUCCGAGUUAGAUGAAUGGGCUCAACGCCGUGGUGAAUCAUUGUACAUGACCAGCAAAACAAUUCCAAUGUUACCAGAAAUAUUAUCUGAAGAAUUAUGUGGCCUAUUAAAAGGCAGAGAUAGAUUUGCAAUUUCUGUCGUCUGGAAGAUUACAGAAGAUGGUAACGUAAUCGACGAGUGGAUUGGUAAAACAAUCGUUAAUUCUAAGGCACAAUUAUCUUAUGAUGAUGUUAAUAAUUUAUUUGAAAAUUCAGAGGAAGUUUUAAAUGAAGAAGCUUUGAGUAUGAAGGAUAAUCUUUUAACUUUCAAAAAUCUUUAUAGUGUAUUGAAUAAAAAGAGGCGUGAAGCGGGAUAUCUUUAUUUACCUAAACCAAAAAUUGUUUUUACUUUGGCGGAGAACACAUCUGUACCUGUUAGUAUCUCUAUGGAAAAAGGCGGCGUUGCAAAGGAAAUUGUUGCUGAGUUUAUGACAAUGGCUAAUUGCUCUGUCGCUAGACGCCUUGAAGCAGAGUAUCCUAAAUUAGCUAUUCUCAGAAGGCAAGCAAAACCUAAACAAAAAAUCCUUCAAGAUACAAUUGAUUUUUGUUCAAAACUUGGUUAUGAUAUUGAUGCAUCGUCUUCUAAAUCAAUUGCAGAUUUUCUUAAUAGUUUGUUAAAUGAUCCUGUGUCAAGAAACACUGUAUAUCCCGUUCUCACUCAAUUAUUAUCAAAACCAAUGCAGAUGGCACAGUAUGUUUGCGCUGGAUUGACCAUGAAUGAGGAAGAAUGCAAGCACUAUGCACUUAAUACAAAUCUGUAUACACAUUUUACUGCACCGAUAAGAAGAUAUGCUGAUAUAAUGGCACAUCGUUUAUUAAGUGCCAGCCUUGGACAUUCAAAAAUCUCAGAUUUAGCACCAAAACAUAUGGAGAUUAUUUGCAAAAAUUCUAAUGAGAAAAGAUUAAGUGCAAGAACAUGCAUGGAGGCUUGCGAUGAAUUGUACUUGGGAUAUGUUAUCAAAGAAUUUGGAAAAUUAGAACAAGUAGGAGUUGUUGUUGGUAUUUUAGACCAAGCUUUUGAAGUCUAUUUCCCAAAACUCGGUAUAAGUAAACGUGUUUAUACAAAUCGUCUACGUUUAUUGAGAGAACCUAUCUAUGAAUGUGCUCCAUUACCACAACUUACUUUGAUCUGGGAUCCUGUAUUGUUGGAGAAUCCAGUAGGCAAUGAUGGUGACAAACCUUUAGAAGUUGAAGAUGUCUCGACUAAGGGAGGAACAUAUGAACAAGUUGUUAAAGUAUGUUCACUAGUACGAUGUGUCUUUUCACCAACAUCUGAGGCCUUCAAGUACCAGACCGUUAUCUUGCCUACCAAUGACAGCGACAUUCCUGCCAUGAUUGAUGAAUUGAAUUCAGAUUCUCUUCUUUAA